CCCAACAGUCAGGGAGAGUCAGUGAUCCAGCAGCACCUGCACCAUGAGUGUCUCUGUGCUGAGUGUCAUCAGACCCCUGGGCGGUGUCCCUGGGAUCCUACAAGUGGCCUCCGUGCUAGGGCUGGUUCUGCUGCUUCUCAAGACAGCACAGCUUUACCUGCACAGGCAGUGGCUUCUCAGAGCAGUCCAGGAGUUCCCGUCCCCUCCUUCCCACUGGCUCUUUGGGCACAGGCAUGAGUUGCAAAAAGAAGAGCAGCUGAAACUGCUACUGAAAUGGGUAGAGAAAUUUCCAUGUGCCUGUCCUCGCUGGCUAUGGGGCACAGAAAUGGAGGUCGUGAUCUAUGACCCUGACUACAUGAAGCUGAUCCUGACACGAUCUGACCCAAAGUCUGAUGGUUCCUACAGAUUCCUAGCUCCCUGGCUAGGGUAUGGUUUGCUCCUGUUGAAUGGGCAGACGUGGUUCCAGCACCGGAGAAUGCUGACCCCAGCCUUCCACUAUGACAUCCUGAAGCCCUAUGUGGGGCUCAUGGCCGACUCUGUCCAAGUGAUGCUGAACAAAUGGGAGGAGCUCCUCAGCCAGAACUCAUCUCUGGAGAUCUUUGGACACAUCUCCUUGAUGACGUUGGACACUCUUAUGAAGUGUGCCUUCAGUGACCAGGCCAACCACCAGACAGAAAGGAACUCCCAGUCCUACCUUCAAGCCGUUUGGGACCUGAACAACCUGGUAUUUUCUCGGAUGAUGAAUGUUUUCUACUGGAAAGACAUCAUCUACAGGCUGACCCCUGAAGGCCGCUGGAACCACCAGGCCUGCCAGCUUGCCCAUCAACACACAGACCGAAUGAUCAAGUUGAGGAAGGCUCAGCUGCAGGAGGAGGGAAACCUGGAGAAAGUCAGGAGCAAGAGGCACUUGGACUUCCUGGACAUCCUCCUCUUUGCCCAAAUGCAGAACAGGAGCAGCCUUUCUGACAAAGAUCUCCGUGCAGAAGUGGACACCUUCAUGUUUGAGGGCCAUGACACCACCGCCAGUAGCAUCUCCUGGAUCCUCUAUGCUUUGGCCACACACCCAGAGCAUCAGCAGAAAUGCCGGGAGGAGAUCCAGAACCUUCUGAGGGGCGGUGUCUUCAUUACCUGGGACCACCUGGACCAGAUGCCCUACACCACCAUGUGCAUCAAGGAGGCACUGAGACUCUAUCCACCAGUUCCAAGUGUUGGCAGAGAGCUCAGCAAGCCCAUCACCUUCCCUGAUGGACGCUCCUUACCCAAAGGAUUCUUAGUGAUGCUCUCCUUUUAUGCCCUUCACCACAACCCAAAGGUGUGGCCAAACCCAGAGGUGUUUGACCCUUCCCGGUUUGCACCAGGCUCCUCUCGACAUAGCCAUGCUUUCCUGCCCUUCUCAGGAGGAUCAAGGAACUGCAUCGGGAAGCAGUUUGCCAUGAACGAGAUGAAGGUGGCGGUGGCCUUGACACUGCUCCGCUUUGAGCUGGCACCAGAUCCUUUCAGGGUCCCUGUUCCCACUCCGAGAAUUGUGUUAAUGUCCAAGAAUGGGAUCCACCUGCAUCUCAAGAAGCUCCUCUAACCCUUGUGGGGACAAGAUGAGCCCCGAUGGCCUCCUGCCUACCAUCAUGUUUCCUGUCAGUCUCUCUUGUCUACUGUCUUCUGCCCACUUCCCACUUUCACUCUGCCCAUAGCCAGUCUCCUGCUCUCCUCCUCUUGUGCAUCAGACUGUCUGCCCUUCUCCAUCUCACCCUUUUCCAAGAUUCCUACCUGUUUGCUUGUUACCUUUUUCCUACCCAGCUGUAGCUCUGACUAUCCAUGUAAGUCAUGAUCAGCUGCCUGUCCCCCAGGCUGUCUGCCCUCUCCCUGUUGCUGUUACUUUCUGUCUGCUUUGAGUUCCUUGCUGCUUAACCACAUUACACAGACUUGGUUCCUUAAAAGAGCACAAGAUGAUGACCCUGUAGCUUAGCUGGUCAGAAAUAUGAAAUGGGUCUCCCUGGCACAACAAAGGUAUUACAGAACCUCUAAGGGAGAAUCUCUUUUCUUGCAUUUUCUACCUUCUAAAAGUCUGCUCUUAAGGCUAUUCAGUGAGGGGAUUAGGCCUCCCCAUUUAUCAAGGAAAUAUGCUGUUCUUAAAUUGAUUACAAUUACAAUUGAUUACAGAUGCUAACAGUACCCAUGAAAUUUUUAGUGCUACAUCUAGACUUUUGUUUAUGAAUAACGGGGACUCCAGCCAAUCCAAGCUGACACAUAAAGCUAGUCAUCACAGUCUACCAUGUGUCCUCUUAUCAUUUGCACAUUCCAUUAAACCAUACUUCAUCUGCAAUUUAAGUAUAAUAAAGUCACACUUCCACCAGCUAACCUUCACACAA